CACCACACAUCGCAGCUGACCGUCGCAGGAGACGGAGCUCGCCGCGACGAAAAAGCCACUUUUCUCCCUUUAGAUAUCCCCAAAUCUUCUUCCUCACCAUGAGCGAAGGACGAGACACCGACGAGGACCUCCUGAGUGACUACUGGGUGACGUCGUGGGAGCAGCAGACGGCGCAGGAGCUGGAGAGCGAGGCCGACCGCCAGGAGCUCCUUCGGGCCGAGGCGGACGAGGCCAACGAGAGGAUGUGGGCGCUCUUCCAGCACGCCGCCCAGUGCGUGGCGCUCAUGUACAAAGGUGCAGCAGACAGCCAGAACUCAAUUUGGGUGCCAUUCCAGACAGCUGCCGGACACAUCACAGCACUCUACAAAGAGGCUGUAGAGUCAGUGCGACGCAGUGGUGAGGCAGGAGUGCAGGCAGGGUAUCAGCGACGCACACGAGAGGUGCUUAACUGGGCCCGCAGGAGGAGACACAUCCGCCGUGAGGAGUUGAUAGCAUUUUUAGCUGGCAAGACACCCCCACCCAGAACAACCCACCUCAGAGGUUCUCCCCGCACCCGCAUAUCACUGGAACGCAUGAGCCCACGCCUGCCCAGCCCUCACCACCACAGUCACGUACACCCACACACACACAACCCAGAGCCAGACCUCAACACCUUCAAAGAAGCUCUGGGGAUCUCAGGUCAACCAAGUAUAAAUGUACGUCCAUCCCCAGUCGGGUCGCCCACCCUCUCUUCCCGCCGGCGGAAUUCAACACACUUGCCUGAACUUCAGGCUUUCAUAUGUGAUGAAUUUGCAAGAAAUAAGCGGCCAGCACCCUCAUCUUCUCCCACCCAUGAUGUCACCAUGGACUCACCUCAGCACAAACGCUCUCGCUUUACUUAAAGAUAUGAGUUAGAUUUUUUUUUUUUCUUUUUUUUCAUUGUAGUUACUGCUUUUUUUAUUAUUAUUAUUAUUAUUAUUUUUUUUUUUUUUUAAUUAUUAUUAUUUUUUUUAUUUUAUAUAUAUAUAUAUUUUUUUUUCAUAUUAUUUUUUGACAACCUCUUUCACUGUGCCUAAAGGUUGGAUUUUUCAGUGGGGAAGUUAUCUAUUUGAUUUUGAAGUUGCAAAUUAUAGAAGAUAAAACUGAUUUUUAAGAAAAUCAGAAUUAUUUUUUUCAUCCUCUUUUUUUCAUUCAUUCUUUGUCUUUUCCUGCUAUUUUUCUUACCAGACAGUAUAAUUAUGUAAGGACCAUGAAUGGCCCUCUUUUGAAGGUCGUGCAGUAGAUAAUGUACUUGAAAGACUCUGUCUGUCAGGUAUAUUAUCUUGGGCCUGAUUUAAUUUUGUUUAUACAGAUAUAGGGAUCUAGAAAUAUAAAAUUUUAACAAUGUUCUAUAUUACUCAAAGACAUGAGUUCUGAUAAGUCAUGAAUUCCCUGUCCCCUCCUCCUCCUCUCCUUUCCUCUUCUCUUCUUUUUUCUCAUCUCUAUUCUCCCUCUCUCUUUCUUUCCAUUCCACCCCCUCCUCUUCCUCCUUCUCCCCCUUAUCUUCUGUAGAAUGUCAAUGGAUAACUUUAAUGCUCUUCAGCCUGAGACAGACAUGAUGCAUAGACCAAUGAGUCAUGUCAUUGUGCCUAUUCCUUUGUAAAUACUUGUAAAGAAAUAAACAUUUUGAGAGGUCGUAUCCUCAGAUAUCCUCAGAGGUUUUGUGGCCUCGUGAAACAAGAUGAGAGCACAAAAGUUCACUCGUGAAGAAAACAGUGUCUUUACAAAAAAAAGAAAAGAAAAGAAAGUUUAUUAAAUGUGUAUGAAGAUGAUACACAAAUCAUUAUUGUAAGGUAUCGUUGAUAAAAGUGUAUGGAAAUGUUCAGGUUACAAAUUGCAACAGCCAAAUUUAUUCUUAUUCAUACUUCUGAGCACUUUAACUGAAUGAGGCUAGAGUACACAAAAAUGAUCAGGCAGGUUAUAUUAGCUUGUCUUAAAGUGUACAGACUUGACAUUACUUCAUAGUUGAAAACUGCAAUAUUUAUCUUUAGAUUUUGUUAUAGUGUUUGAUUGUGGUUAUUAUAUGUAAUGUCCUGGACUCCUUCAGUGCAAGUGUUUGGGGAGGGAUUUCUCUCUCUCUCUCUCUCUCUCUCUCUCUCCUCUCUCUCUCUCUCUCUCUCUCUCUCUCUCUCUCUCU